UAGAUGGUCGAUUCUUAAGAAGGAUAACAAGAAAAGAGUCCUCUUCAUUUUCUCCAUCCCUGAGACUGAGAUACACAUUUUUGUUAUUCUCUCUUUGCUGCUGGUACCGCUAACUUACAUGCCAAGAAAUGACGCAUCUGAAUUUUGCUGAAACUCGCUGAUAUGUCUUUUAUAAUCUAAUUAAGUGAGUACUCCCUCUGUAAAUUAAUACUGUAUUAGUGUAUUAGUUUACAGAGCGAGUACAAUAUAGACACGCACAACCCACACACACGCGCUACCUUACAUGCCAGAUUGUCUAUUUUUAUCCGAGACUGCAUUCCGUGAUCCGUCAUUGGGGUACUGUUGCGGGAGUUUGUUUCUGGCGUUGACGAACUGACUAGUGAUUACUACUGUUACUUAUUGCUACAUUCACUAGUUAAAGUUUAGUACAGUAAAAAAAAAUAUUGUGCAAUUUAUGUUUAUGCUCGUAACAAUGAGUAGUCUGACUUGGUUUCCUAAUUAUUUUCCAGGGGAAGGGAGGGAUGCCAUCGUGUUUCCUCAAGUCUGCAAAGGUAGAGACAGGGCAGAAGACGGCGUUGGCGAAUCCAAAGCUCACUUUGGUUCACAACGGCAGGUUGGAGAAUGAGCAAGUAAAGCGUCCAAGCUCUGGCUAUGAAGUGAGGACUAUCACUAUGACCUACAAAAGGAAGAGAAGGUGGCCAGCCAACAGUACGUUAGCGCAUAAGCCAAUGUUGAUUGACAGCGGCAGUAGCAGCGAUGCCAAGAGUGACAAGGGUGAUGACUAUGAGCCGCCGACAAAGAGUGGGAGGCCAGCAAGUCUCAAAACCGCCAAGAGCAAGAGAGGGAGGCCACCGGGUUCGAAAUCAGCCAAGAACAAAGAAGAUGGCAUUGGAUCUUCAGAACCAGGGACCGACUUCAACGUUGUAAAAAGCUUCAGAAGCUUCAAGGUCAUUGUCGGCGGUUCUGCCAUCGAUGACAAACAACUCCCCACCGAGACACGUAGGGCGUACCACGGGCUCUGCCACGACCGCAAGUCUCUCCUCCAUGGGCGUCUGCAGAAGAACCUCGAACCUUUGCUUGCUGCAGGAGUGAUCAUCGAGACGGUUCGCAUAGCCAAGGGCAUCAGGGCCUCCGCCGCCUCUCCUUCCCGCGAGGACCUCACACGAUGGAAGAAGGACCUGGAGUCCUUUGAGAUGAUGGGCAUGGACGUUGGCUUCAUGCGCGAGCGCGUCAACAGCCUCCUGACCCUUCUCAAGAAAGCAGAUCACCUGCACGAGGGGUACGAUGCGGCAAAGCUGGAGCGGGCUCGCGCCACAGAGGGGUUGAGGGCACUCGAGUCAAAGCUGUCGAGCAUCAAGAACGCUCUGAAGGAGAUAGACGUGGAGUUGCAGGAGAUGGCUUCAUAGUUGCAGGAACUACUGCCUCUAAUGUGGCUGCACUUCCAUGGUGAGCGUCGACCAGGCUGCGCGGCAGCUGGCGGCCGUGCCGUGGUGAUCGCCGACCGUCUAGCGCAGUGGUGCAUACAUCUUCAGGCAGUGUACUGCUGCUAGGAUGCUACUGUGUCUCGCAGUUCAUGGUUUAUUAUUAGUAGUAUUUUGAUUGCAGUCCAGUGUCUUGGUUUGGUGUACAUCAAUUUUAAUUACUGCCCCUCUAAUGUAGCUGCACUUCCAUUCAUAGUUUAUUAUGAGUAUGCUGCACUUUGAUUGUAGUCCAGUGUUGCAGUUUCAUGGAUAUGAAUUUAUUCUAUAGGUAAAGGGAAUACAUGUUUGAGAAGAUGCCAAGUGAUAAAACAAAUGGCUUCAAGUUAAUUUGGUAAAGAAAAUAUCUUGCUGAAGAAAUAAGUGACGACCAAUUUGUGGGGUGUCAAUUCUAUCUCCGAUAUUCAUAGUUUGUUUGACAAGUAAUGUAUUUUUAUGAGAUCUAUAGUAGACAA